GUUUUCAGUCACACACUCAAUCUCAUUCUCUGAACGCUGAUCUUUGACUUUUAAGGAUGGAGGAAGAAAUCGAGUAUUCUACGGUUGUUUUUAGAGAUGUACGUGCAGCUCCAAAAGAAAGAAAAGAGGACCCAACUAUUUAUUCCGAAGUAAAACCUUCGGGGUCUGCUUCUACUGUACCAACAGAUGGUGAAGCAGCUGCAUGCUCUCACUCUCACUUGCUGGCGGUGUGUUUGGGGAUACUGUGUUUCCUCUUGGUGGCGAGCAUCAGUGCCAUCGUCUACCUCAGUGUGUUGAUGACAAAGCAGAAAUCAAACCUCAGCGUCCUCACAGCAGAAAAUGAGCAGCUGAUAACGGAGAGAAACCUUAGAGAGCGAGAGACGGAGCAGCUGAGCAGAGUCACUGACAACCUGAACUGGACGCUGUCAAUCAUCCUGAGGUUGGACACCUUCCGCGUUCACGACUACUGCCCAGAUAAAGAGUGUCAGCCGUGCCUGAAAGACUGGAUUCAGUUUAAGGAGAAGUGCUACCUGUUUUACAAUAAAAAGUCUCCUUGGAUGACAGCGCGAGAGAGCCACACGCAUUGCAGAAACAAAGCUGCAGAUCUGGUUGUUAUCGAUAGUCUGCAUGAACAGGAAUUCAUCAGUAAUCACACAAAGCAUUACUACGACAGGUUUCAUGGAUACUGGCUCGGGUUGAAUAAAAUGAAUAACAAAGACUGGGGUUGGAUUGAUGGACGUAAUGACACUCUAGGGUACUGGAUAGGGGAGAGCUUUGAGGAUGUAGGCCAGUGUGCACUGAUGAUCCCUGGGAGGAAUGUGACAGCCAGCUGGGAUCCAGCAGACUGUGGGAUGAAAAACAAAUUCAUCUGUGAGAGCGACGUCCUAGUUAAGGUCUAACUAGUUAAUGCUGUGAUGUGAGCAAGUAGCUUUUCAUGUUGUUGGCAGAACUGCAUUUUCCUAACUGUAGCAUACCAAUUUGGAAAGAUAAUGAUUUAGUAUGUAAGUGUUCAUCCUUCUGAAACCUGCACCACUGUUUCAAAAAGUGAGUAUGUUUCUAAAAUGUAUUUUAUUAGCUUUAAUGUUUGUGUAAACAGAUAUCUAUGUUGACUGUCUGAACGUGAAACUACUAAACCUAGAGAUCUUAAUGAUGACAAACCACAGUUCAAACCGGAGAGACGUGAUGUAAGAAUUACAUAUUUAUUGUUUACACGUCAUAUGAAUGAAAUGAUUGCCACGAUAAUACAACAGGAGAAUGUAAUGGUGUUUGGCGAUUAGGCCCCGGUCUGCAGGAUAAUCAUUCAGGAGGGAAAGAACCGCUCCGAUGAAAUCCCCGGGGUCUAGACACUGGUGGUGGUGAUGAGUAGGUGAGACCGGUCUGAAGGAGGAAGGUUUAGCUUUGUCCUGAAGGAGACGGGAGGCGAGAGGGGUGGAGGCGGGUUGCGUGUAGUCACCUGAAAUGACAACUGACAGGGAGGAAGAGCAGGCAUUUAAGGAAUUUCGCAUGUGCAGCGAUUGGCUGCUGAGGGGUGACGCCCUCGUAUUUAAUGAGGGGGGAAGGGAGCCAUAGAGUGACGUGUAAGUGACUUGUGUUAGAUCUUCCUUAUUGAACUUGCGCUAAAGCUUUCAUUUGUAGACUCUCAAAGGAGACAUCAAAGCCUGUAUGUACUAUCUUAACUCAGAAGGAUAAGGUGGUUGGAACAUGUGAAGUGUUGCCUCCAAUGAUCUGAAACACAAACUCCUUUAAACUUUCCGCAACGUCUUCACCAAAUGAAAGCUUUUGCAACUCAUGUUUGUUCCUGCGGUCGUCUUGCACUCACACGUUUCUGGUGUUACAUACAUGUCCCAACAGUUGUGUUUUUUUUUUUACAUUGUUGUAUAUUUUGGUAUUAAAGUUUGUUUUGUUACUU